CCACUAAAGUUCCUUUCAAAAACUUUCAACAUACGUGAUAUAUGCAUUGUUUUCUCACUCUCACUUAGUUUAAUUUUCUGACCCUUUUAUUCUACGAGCAUGACGAUGUCAGUGAUGUGUAGACCAACGCAUCAGGCUCUGAAAAACGUUCCUUCCGGUGGACAAACCCAGAUGAUGAGGCCAAAAGAGAAGGUGGUGCUGGUGAUGGGAGCAACAGGGAGCGGGAAAACGAGGUUGUCGGUGGACUUAGCGACAUGUUUUCCCUCAGAAAUCAUAAACUCCGACAAAAUGCAAGUGUACCAAGGGCUUGAGAUUGUCACAAACAAAGCCACCAAAGAGGAACAGCGUGGGAUCCCACAUCACCUGCUGGGGACGCAGAACCCCGACACGGAGUUCACCGCCUCCGACUUCUGCGACGCCGCUUCACGCGCCAUCGAGUCCAUCACGCGCCGCGACAAGGUUCCGAUAGUGGUGGGGGGAUCCAACUCCUACAUGAAGGCGCUGGUGGAUAGGUUCGGACCGCGGUUCGAGUGGUGCUUUCUGUGGGUGGACGUGUCCGUGCCGGUGCUCCAUUCCUACGUGGGGCAGCGCGUGGACCACAUGCUCCGCUGUGGAAUGGUGAACGAGUUGAGACCGUUUUUCAGCGUGAACGGCGAUUACGCGCGUGGGAUAAGAAAGGCCAUUGGGGUUUCUGAAUUCCACCCGUACUUCCGGCGGGAGGCGGCGGCGAGCGGUGAGACGAGGAUGAGGCUGCUGCAGGAGGCGGUGAGGGACGUGAAGGGGAACACGUGCAACUUGGCAUGCAAGCAACUUAGGAGAAUCGACAUGCUCCGAAGUGAGGGGUGGAAGAUCCACCGCAUUUGCGCCACGCCCGUGUUUCAGAAACGUGGCCGCGACGCCAAUGAGGCCUGGAACAACAUGGUGGCGCAACCCUGUGCCUCCAUUGUUUCUCAGUUUCUCUACAGUUCUGCAAAUUCUGCUUCUGGGAGAAUCGCACCUUCUAUGCAACCAAACUAAUCAAUAUUAAACCUAAUACAUCAUUUUCUUUCGUCAACGUUUCAAUCUUUAUAUUUGUGUGUACCAAGAGUAUCAUCGAAAUUAUUUUAUAGUCUAAGAUUGUCACAUGUUCAUGUUCUUGGUUGAUCUCAACUUGACACGUAACCAAAUUCAUAGCACUUGAUUAUGUGUUUUGUUGAGAUUUUCUAUGGAUCAUUUUAUAGUCAUUUUUGUCUUUGGUUCUGCAGUGAAUCUCAGAAAAAAGAAAAAAAAAAUACCAGUUCUGUUAU